AUGUCGUCGAAUCCAAACGACGACCGUCUGAACGUCAUUGACCUGUCCGGAACGCUGCUGGACCAGAGCUACGUGGUGCAGCUGUGGCUACUCAGCCACUGCAUCUUUGUCUACAUGGGCACAGCAGCCGACAAGCCCCGUCUUGCGUCCAUGUCGACGGCAAUCACGACUCGCUAUAGUCCCAUGCCGCUCAUCACGUCCGUUAUGGGCGCGUCGGACACGGACGAGCAGCAGAUCGCCCAGAGACUCGCGCGACGCACGGGACGCCAAUGUUUUGUGUCGUGCCAAUUGCCCAGCGACGUGCCUGAGCUGUUUGUAGUCGUUGAAAGACACGUUAUCAAGCGCUUGACGGAAGAAGGAGUAGUGCUUGUGUGA